AUGCACUCAACUCAGAAGCUGGGCGACGAAACUACUAUGCUAGGCUAUAUGCUCGGUGAUAUGCUCGGCUAUAUGCUCGGUGAUAUGCUAGGCUAUAUGCUCGGUGAUAUGCUCGGCUAUAUGCUCGGUGAUAUGCUAGGCUAUAUGCUCGGUGAUAUGCUAGGCUAUAUGCUCGGUGAUAUGCUAGGCUAUAUGCUCGGUGAUAUGCUAGGCUAUAUGCUCGGCUAUAUGCUCGGUGAUAUGCUCGGUGAUAUGCUCGACUAUAUACCCGGCUAUAUACUCGGCUAUAUGCUCGGCUAUAUGCUCGGCUAUAUUCUCGGCUAUAUGCUCGGCUAUAUGCUCGGUGAUAUGCUCGGCUAUAUGCUCGGCUAUAUGCUCGGCUAUAUUCUCGGCUAUAUGCUCGGCUAUAUGCUCGGUGAUGUGCUCGGCUAUAUGCUCGGCUAUAUGCUCGGUGAUAUGCUCGCCUAUAUGCUCGGUGAUAUGCUCGGUGAUAUGCUCGGCUAUAUGCUCGGCUAUAUGCUCGGUGAUAUGCUCGGCUAUAUGCUCGGUGAUAUGCUCGGCUAUAUGCUCGGCUAUAUGCUCGGUGAUAUGCUCGGUGAUAUGCUCGGUGAUAUGCUCGGUGAUAUGCUCGGUGAUAUGCUCGGUGAUUUGCUCGGUGAUAUGCUCGACUAUAUGCUCGGUGAAAUGCUCGGUGAUAUGCUCGGCUAUAUGCUCGGUGAUAUGCUCGGUGAUAUGAAACCGGAAAAUAGGUCUAUCGUCUAA